AUGGUGAAGCUUAGUCGAAUUUCAUCGGGGACCAUUUCUUGCAAGGUCGAAGCUCACGACAUAGAAUAUACAGAUAUGUCCCGCAAAGUUCUCUUAGACUUGGAUAUUGGUGAUGGGGAAGGACAAAAUCAGAUUGGGAUUAAUAGAGAUUAUGCGGAACGGUAUGACAAUUGGCGUCGAUUAGAAGAAAUGCAAAAAUUGAAAGAUAAAUAUGGCGAUGAUGCAGGCAGUUCUAGUGAUGAUAGUACCUCAAGCGAGGAACCUGUCUUCUGGACAAAAGUACAUGAAAGAAAUUUCUUAAAGACCCUUUCGGCUUUAAAAUCUCAUGAUCCAAAAAUCUAUACAAACGCACAAUUCUUUAAUGAAGAACAAGAAGAGGAAGAAACGAAAGAAUUAUCUUCAUCUUCUGCUGUUUCUAAUCGUUACAAAAAGAAAAAAGCUGGUCCAAUGUAUUUAAAAGAUUAUGAAAGAAAAUUGAUUAUUGAAAAAGAUGGAUUACUUAGUGAUGAUGAUGAGGAAAAACCAAUGAAACCUGAAGGCUACUAUGAUCAACAAGAAAAGAUAAAGCAAGAACUGAAGGCAGCACUCAAAGAUCUUUCUGAUAGUGAUGAUGAUAAUGAUGGCAAUGAUGAAUCAUUAUUAACGAAACGAAUCAAAUCAGAUACUGAGAAGAAAAGGGAAGAUGAUGAAUACUAUGAAUGGCUUAAAGGGCAAAAAGAAGGAACGAGCGGAUUUGAAGAUUUGAGCGGUUUACGUAAAUACUGGGAUUCGGCUGAUUUAAACGAUGAGGAGAAAUUUCUACGCGAUUUUUUGCUUGAGAAGAAAUUCGAGGAGAAUGAAGACGACGAAAUUCCAACUUAUGAAGCUAUAACUAGUAUCGAUGAGGAUGAAAAAGAAUUGGAUCGUGCAACCGAAUUUGAAAAGAAAUACAAUUUUCGUUACGAGGAACCUGACAAUGACUUUAUAAAACAAUAUCCACGUACAAUCAAACAGUCAAUUCGGAAAAAGGAUGAUAAAAGGAAGUUAAAGCGAAUUGCCCAUAGAGAACGCAAACAACAAGAAAAAGAGAUCAAAAAGAACGAAAUAAGGGAAUUGAAAACCAUGAAGAAGAAAGAAAUUGAGGAAAAGUUGAGAAAACUUAAACAAUUAGCUGGCGAUGACGAGCUUCCUUUAAAUAUCGAUGAUCUUGAAGCUGAUUUUAAUCCGGCAGAAUAUGAUAAACGUAUGAAGGAACUUUUCAAUAACCAAUAUUAUGAUAAGGGUGAUGAACACGAAGAAAAACCUGAAUUUUCCGGUAUCUCAGAUGAUUCGACUGAUGAGUCCGAUUAUGAUAAUUUCGAUGUAAAUACUGCUAAUAUUGAAUCAAAUGAUCUUCAUACUUUUGAUAAAUCAAUAUCAGUUGUUGAUGAUGGAAAAAUAGAGUGUCGUGAAAAAGCUCUCAGCAGAAGAAAGCGAAAACGAAAUUCAAAAUUUGUCGAGGCUGUUAUGAAAAAAAAACCAGUAUACGAUCCGUCCGAAAAAACUUUUGAAGAAUAUUUUAAUGAGUAUUAUGCAUUAAAUUAUGAAGACAUCAUUGGCGAUGGUCUUGUUACUCGAUUUAAGUACCGUAAUGUUCCAGCUAAUAAUUUUGGUCUAACAGUCCAAGAAAUAUUGGAAGCGGAUGAUCGACAGCUUAAUGCGUGGGCUUCUUUAAAAAAAGCAACUGCAUAUCGUUCAGAUGCGGAAGAAUAUUAUGACAUUCAAGCUUAUGCAAAAAAGGCAUUAAAUACUUUUAAAAAAGAACGUAUUUUCGCAACUGAUUUCGGCGGGUUCAGUCCUUUUUUUUUGUUGCAAUGCUUUAUAUCGAGUAAUGGCAAUGAAAAAUUGUCAAAAAAUAAGAAACGCCGCGAAAAAUUAAGGCAGAACCAACAAUUUGAUAGCCAUAAAAUGGUGCAAGAAUUAUCAAAGGCUAGCAAUGAAGAGGAAUCAAAGAUCCAAAAAUCACAUAAAAGUGGUGAAUACGAAAAUUCAACCAAUUUUGGCUCUAAUAAACAAUUGACAAUCACAAAUGGCGUAUCAUCACAUAAACUGAGGCGGAGAAAAAAGAAUAGAAAAAUAUCAGUAAUUAAUGGUUUGCAAGAAAUUGGUGACGAAAGACUUCGUGCUUACGGUGUUAAUCCGAAAAAAUUCAGAAAUAAAUUGCGUUAUGUUACUCGAAAUAACGGUGAAUAUUGA